CUUCUCUCUCUGUCUCCCACUAUAAAUCUUGUGUUUCCCUUCUUCCGAUUCUACACACACAUCUCAUGCUAAUUUCGAUAUUGCCACUGAUUUCUAAACACACGUACCAACUAAACCGGAAAUAAACCGUAACCAGUUAAAGCUAUGAGCGAUUUAUUAGCUGAGACACUAACACGGAGUGACUCGGUUGCUAAGAAGCGAGUCAGACACGAGUUGGACGAGCUAGUUCUCGACUCGCCUGACGUGAAGCGGUUGAGAGACGAUUUAUUCGAUGACUCGGGUCAUGACUCAGAGAUUCAAGAUCUUGACUCGUUGAUGAAAAGCUUCGAGGAUGAGUUGUCGUCGACUACGACGGAGCAAGGAUCCGGCGAGACUCUGCCGGAUCUCGGUUACCUUUUCGAAGCUUCCGACGACGAGCUAGGUUUGCCUCCGCCACCACCGCCACCGUCUACGCUUCUUCAUCCGUCGUCUGAAGAAACGGAGAAGACGGUUACGGAGUUGGUACGCGCGUCGUCGGAAGUCGACGUGUUAAGUGGAUUUGAGGAGGAUGUUACGGGUUUCGGAGCUUUCGAUCUGGAUGAUGGGCUAUUCGAAUAUUCCGAUGUUUGUUUAGAUUCCGGUGACAUGUUUUCAUGGCGGCCGGAAACUUUACCGGCGGAGUAAACAAUAUUCCCGAGUGUUUUUGACUUUUUGUUAAGCGAAACGGUGGCGUUUAUGGAAAGCGUGUGGCCUUGCUUUGUUGGGUAAUUGGGUUAUUGUUUAAUGAUAUAGGAUCUGAUCUCUAUACGGUUUUGUAAGAUUUUCAAGACCAGAGAAAUCAAAUGGUUAAGUGUAGUAAAUUGUUUUAGAUUAGUUUGUAAGAAUCCAUUUUCCUCACUUUGUUCCAGGAUCCGUUCUGUUGAUCUUGAAUCAUCUUCCUCCUUUGUUUGUGUUAAAAUUAAAGUAUUAUCAAGAAUGUAAUUUCUAGUCGAAUAUUUUCUCUAAUCAUGGUUUUAUUUUUCUA